GUCUAUAGGAUAAUGAAAUAUAUACGUAGUAAAAAACACAAAAAUCCUUAAAAAAAAUUCCGUUGCCGGGACUUGAACCCGGGUCUCUCGGGUGAGAGCCGAGUAUCCUGACCAACUAGACUACAACGGAUCAGUUGCUAACAAUUCUUCACGAAUUUUGUAAUAUAAAUAAAAAUAAAUAAAAAUAACAUUGCUAAUAUAAAUAAAAAUAACAUCAUAAACCCUCAUUGAAUGACACGUGUCCGUAAAAUUCUCCAAUUUCCCCUGAUCCAAACACACCCCGCCCAAAAAUCAACCUGAACACAUACAUUCCUUUCCCUUCCCUUCCCUUCCAUUUCUCUUAAUUUUCUCUCUCCUCCACUUUUUCUUCAACAAUGCCUUCCAUAUAAAUACCAAAUCCUUCGAUUUUCAACCUUCAGAUCUACAUUUUCAUACAUUUCUUCAGAUAAUCAACAAUUUUAGAGAGAGAAAACAAUGGAGGCGCAACUUGUUGAGAGGUUGGAGAAGGCAGUUGCUCGAUUGGAGGCGAUUUCUUCUUCGUCAUCUUCUUCUAGAAGCGUCGAUUUUUCCGGCGAAGAUGCGGUGGUGGAUCCUUCGAUUGUCGCUUUGGAUGAUCUGAUCGCCAAUUAUGUUGGUAGGGUUUACGACGCUGCUCAGAAGAUCGGCGGUAAAGUGUUGGAAUCUACGGAGAUUCUUCGUGAUGCGUUUUCUGCUUUGCGUGAGCUUCUUGUUAAAGUUAAGCAAACUCAGAAACCUGACAUGGCUGGGUUGGGUGAGUUUCUAAAACCACUGAAUGAAGUGAUUAUGAAAGCUAAUGCCUUGACUGAGGGGAGGCGGUCUGAUUUCUUCAACCAUCAGAAAUCUAUUUCCGACAGCCUUGCAGCUUUGGCAUGGAUUGCAUAUACUGGCAAAGACUGUGGUAUGAGUAUGCCUAUUGCACAUGUGGAAGAAAGCUGGCAAAUGGCUGAAUUUUAUAGCAACAAGGUUCUGAUUGAGUACAAAAAUAAGGAUCCUAAUCACGUGGAAUGGGCCAAGGCUUUGAAGGAGCUCUAUUUACCAGGUUUGAGGGAUUAUGUUAAGAGUUUCUAUCCACUGGGACCAGUUUGGAGUACCUCUAGCAAAGCUACUGUUGCUGCUGCACCUAAAGCCCCAGGACCAGCUGCUCCUGCACCACCACCUCCACCUCCUGCUUCACUCUUCUCUGCUGAUUCUGCUAAACCUUCUUCAUCACAACCAAAGGUAGGGAUGUCUGCUGUUUUUCAAGAAAUCAGUUCUGGUGGAGCUGCUACAUCAGGCCUGCGAAAGGUUACAGAUGAUAUGAAGGCAAAGAACCGGGCUGACCGUAGUGGUGUUGUUCCUGUUGUGGAUAAGGAACCUCGUGCUAAAUCUUCUGCAUUUUCCAAAACAGGGCCUCCAAAGCUGGAGCUUCAGAUGGGUCGUAAGUGGGCUGUUGAAAAUCAAAUUGGGAAGAGGGAUUUGGUAAUUAGUGAAUGUGAUUCAAAGCAGUCAGUUUAUGUUUUUGGGUGUAAAGAUUCAGUUUUGCUGAUACAAGGAAAAGUUAACAAUAUCACUGCUGAUAAAUGCACUAAGACGGGGAUUUUAUUUAAGGAUGUUGUAGCAGCCUGUGAGAUUGUUAACUGCAAUGGUGUGGAGGUCCAGUGCCAGGGUUCAGCUCCAACAAUUUCAGUGGACAAUACAUCUGGUUGUCAAAUAUAUCUGAGCAAAGAUUCUUUGGAGGCAUCUAUAACCACUGCCAAGUCAAGUGAGAUCAAUGUGAUGGUACCUGCUUCUGAGGCUGAUGGUGAUUGGGUAGAGCACUCCCUUCCGCAGCAGUACAUUCACACAUUCAAGGAUGGUCAGUUCGUGACAUCUCCAGUUUCCCACUCUGGUGGCUAAACUUUAUAAUCUCCCGCUGCAGAUUUAUUUAGGUUAUCCGUGAGUCAUCUCAUGAUUAAGUUUUGUUUGUCAAGGCUAAGAAGUGCAUAUUCCAUACUUCCAGUCUGUUUUGAAUAUGUUACCACUGGGUUUUUGAAACAAAGGGUUUUGCAUUAGGCUUUCUUACCCCCCCCCCCCCUCUUCUCUAAUUUAUUCUUUUAUUGAUUCAGCUGUUGUAUUAUGCAUGCUGUUUGUGGGUGAGGUUGUUGCUUUGUACAAGGUGCCUUUGUUUGAUUUUUCAAGCGCACUCCUGUAAGAACUCAUACUUUGUAUCGUUGUUUCUUCAGUGCUGUUAUUAAUAGUGUCUUUUUGGUUUGUUUGAA